AAAAUUCCUAUUCCACCUCCUCAGCUGCAGUCAAUAGUUUAUUGGAAAGUAUCAAUGAAAAGGAUGAGUACGUGCGGAACGCAGUGGAAAAUGCAUUGUUCCGUAUGAUCGAGAAUCGACCGAAUAUCACCAUUACCGCUCUGUGUGAGUUCAAAAUUAAGCAGCCCAAGUUAAGCGACCAGGCAACUGUUAUCAUAUUACGAGUCUUUGAAAAGUUCACAUUAACCGACUUGAAACAUUUGAACGAUGAGGCGCUGAUGAAACUGAUCAACUUUACGAUUACUGAAAUCACGAAGACGACGGACCAGUGUACGCCAAUACAAAAACCUGGUGGUGAGAUAAUCGUUGCUUUGGGACGCGUGCAUUGUCAAAAGGUUCUCGACGAGCUGUUCAGUCAUCUGCAAAAUGGUCAAGUUAGUCAUUUUAUGAUUUUACACUGUAUGGGUGCGAUCGCUUCGGUGAAUGUACUGGGAGUGACUGGCUCCAUCAAAUCAACGUUGGAGACCAUUUUGCCCACAUUGAGUAUGAUAAAAUUGGAUCACGUUAAGCAGGCAUUUGCAUUCGCAAUCGGACGAUUCGCUGAAGCCAUGUCCGAGUAUUUAUCACGCAACGAUAACGAAUCAACGGUUGAAGACAUUAGUGCUGAAUUGGCCAUUGCCUAUGAAGUGUUGAUACAUCAAUGGUUACCCAGCCGUGAGUUGAAGGUUUCGUCGGAAAUAUUACAGGCACUGUCUUACAUGUAUCCAUUGCUGUCGAAAGAGAAGAUACGAGACCAAGCGAAUAAGGUCAUUCUGCAAAUUCUUAGCUUCUACAGAAGGUCAAUGGACCGUAAUGCCAUCACACAGCUGUUGGCUUCCGUCCUGAAAACGACUAUCGACAACGAUCCGAAAACCAUAGAUCCUCUGUCGGAUGGCGUCAUAUCCACAUUGUUUGAUUUGGUGUGCGUCAAUCCGGACUAUGAAAAACCGCAAAAGGUGAAAAGCCACUAUGAAUCUCUGCGCUGUUUCGAUUUACUGGUCGAAACCUAUGCAACGAAAAUAUUCGACAUGCUCGGCCAGCAAAUGCGUAGCAACAAUGAACGGGAACGCAUCAAAUCGCUGUUAGUGUUGACACACCUGACCAACACAUGCCAUCAUUUGGUAUCGCCGAAAAGUGGCGAUUUUAUGCCACUGCUCAAGACCUUGAUUCAACAAGAAAAGAACGUCAAAAUGAAAAUGAUUCUGCUGAAGACGAUCGUUGCAUUGACGCAGAAAUCGUUGAUUGACGACAAAGAAUUUGUUAAAUUCAUCUUGCGUAACAGUUGUAAGUUGAACAAAUUUAACCAGGACCAUGGAACAGCGGACGAACAUAAUGACUUCACACUUGCCUGCAACAAUUCCCUGUAUAUGCUGGCGACAACCGUCGGCACAGUCGACGAUAUAUUGAAAAGAGAAUUACUCUACCAUUAUUUAGUCGUCGAGUACACGGACAUCUGCAGCAGUAUCGCUAAAUGUUUGAGCAAAUUAUUUUCGAAAAACGCCGCCGUUCCGGAAGAAUCGAAAAGUGAAAACGAUGAAACCGGUAAAACAUCAAUACCCGGCCCGGAAGCCGUACUAGCUCGUUCAUUGACACUGAUGGGCAAUACCAGCAACACGAAACAGAUCGAAAACAUUCUGUCAUUUUUGAAGUACUAUGCUCCGUGCGUCAAUAAAUUCCUGCAGCCGAGAUGGUUGGAGAAGAUUCCCGAACUGAUUCUCUGUUUGACCAAGAGCAUUAUCGAUUUUGACGAGAAAUUGUUUGAGUUUCUUCGAGUGACAAUCAAAGACGUUGAUGAUUACAAGUUUGCCGAAUCCUUAGCGAACAAACUGGCAGAUCAAAUAGUUCUCUAUCCGAUGAGUCCGCCUCCGGGCGAAUAUUUCGUUCCGAAAUUCAAUCAGGAAAAGGGUAUGCUGAUGAAGAUGCUUGGUACGGCGUUACAGUACGUGACUGACAUACAAUCGAUUGAGAGCAAAAUUGAUCUGAUAUUCCACAUAGUGCGACAGGAGCGAGUGAUCGACAAGAGUUCAUCGAACGGUGAAGUCGAAACUAUUCUAAUCGAUGCAGCCCGGUCGCUGGGAUUCAUUUCGAAAGUUCAUUUAGACAUUGUGCUGAAGAAAGUGAACUCGCUGAUACAGGAAGAGGGCAGCAAAAAGUCGCCGGGCAGUUUCUUUGCCGGUUUGAAUUUCAUGAAAGACAAUCAGAAGGAAAAUGAUUUGCUGAAAAUUAAUAUUUUGGCUGUCGAAUCCUAUGCACACAUCGUUCAAAUAGCACCACACGAAGCAGUAUUGAAAGAUAUCGAUUCGAAGAUGGUCAAUUAUCUGUACAAGCAGCUGUGUGAAUCCAAAGAUUUUACAGUCAGAAAAUGCGUUUUGUCCUCGUUGUUGAUAAUAUCGGAACAGAUUCUAAUUGCUAAAGACAUCGGAUGUGAUUUGACAAUGCGAACUCAACUGCUGGAUCAACUGUUGCUUAUUGAUUCGUCCACGGAAAAUCUGCCCCUUUUUCCAGUCAUUUUAAAAAUUGCCACCAAUUUGGUCAAAAUACCGUUGCAAUCGCACGACGAUCAAGUCAAAAUUCAGACUUUCUUCGAAGAAUCCUGCCGGAAAUUCUUUUCGAUUGCUCAGCUACUGAAAAACAAAUUCGAUUCAGUGGAGGACGAUGAACGGAACAGCUUGCUGGCAAAGUAUUUGAAUCUGUCGUUGCCGGAAUUGAAUGCAUUUCUGAAGGCCGUAUUCGAACAGAACGCAUCGCCAUCGGUAUUGGAUGACGUGAAUUCGGUGUUGGAGGUGUGGAUCAGGGAUAAAAAUAGUGAAGUGCGUAUAUGCGCUGGACAUGUAAUGAACAAUUCGUUGGAGGUUUAUAUAAAAACCGUGAAAAUUGGCUGUGAGGCUCCAUCAAAAUUUAAUCAAACCGGUGCAAUGUUGGGAAAAAUCGUCCCAAGAUGCAUCGAUUCAAAUGCAACGGUACGACAAACAUCCAUCGAUAUCCUACAGAAAAUCCUGGAAAUUUCUUGCAUCUACGAGUCGCUAACAAUAGCUGACGGUGAAACGGACUGGGUGAAGGAAUUGCAUCGCAUACGGAAUGAAAUCAUCACCGAUGAUCCGAAAGAGAUUUACCUUUUAGCUAGCGAUAUAGCCCGCAUCAUCGCGCAGAGAAUAACCAAUUUCCAGUACAUGCAAUUCGCUAAAACGUUGCUGUACUGCUUACAUGAUACGGAAGAGAGUUCGGCUAUCGGAGCAUCGGUUGUGUUGAAGUUUUUCAUGCAACUGAAGGGAGCAGAACUCUUCCAUUCUAUACCCGAAUAUGUCAAGGACGCCCUAGCCGCUAUCAAUACUUGCUCGAUCGCAAGAGCCAGAAGUGGCGUGCUGAAAUCGCUGGUUGCGCUGACAAAACAUCAUCCGAAAUUGGUAUGCAGCGAAAUGUUCUCACAGCCGUUACCAUUCGAAAAAAAUGUCGUUGAAUUUUGGGGAAUGAUUUGUAUGGAUCACGAGCUAUCCGGUACAAUAAUUGAUAAUUUCCUGGCAACACUGGCAUCGUCCUGUAUUUAUGAAUCAUCAGACGGCCCAUCCGAACGGCAUCAUGUCGCCACGGUUCAACCAUUCGCAAUUCUAUGUGCUCUUCAUGAGAUGAUGACAUGCGCGGAAAUUUCGGGAGAAUUAAAGCAACGCUUUGCCGAACUCUUCUGCAUGUUUCUGACGUCACUUGCAACCUACACAAAUCUUGCACCGCCAAUGGUUCCCAGUAAGUCGCCACCGAGUAAAAGCAGCGCAAACUCUGGCAAGGCCAAAUUCGGUUUCAUUCCCAACAAAGAUUCCAUCAAAAUGAAUCCGUGCCUCAUCGUUCUCGAAACGUUUCAGUCGUUCUUGCAAAAUUUGGAAAUGGAACAGAUAUGCGCUGUGCUGACGGUGUGUCCCGUUUUAGCAACCAGCACGGAACUGAACAAUUUUAUCGAAAUUCUGACACCGAUGGCCAUCGGACUGGUCAAUCAAUUGGGCAUUAAUUCGAGCUCAAUUAAACAAGUGGUGACGUGCCUGAGCAAGUACAUAUCCAGUCCGUACGAUGCUCAACGCAUUGCGGCCGUUGGAAUUUACUCGCAAUUGAUCCCGUUGAAACCGAGCGGAGAAAUCGCUUCGGUGAUCAUGUUGCAUUUGUCGGCAGCACUUGGUGAUCCGAAUCCGUUGGUUCGAGGCUUUGCAAUACGGGGACUGGCAUACGUUGGCGAUUUGAGCGAGCACGACGUGAACAAAUAUCUGGAAACGAGUUUAAGUGCCUUGCUGAAAGGAAUCGACGAUUUUAAUGCGAACUGUUUCAUCAACAUUCCGUUGGAAAGUAUGCGUGGCUUAUCCAGAGUAUUGACAACGGUUUCCGGUCAUAAAAUGGAGAACUUUCAGGUGUCGUUGGCUAUCCGCAUACGACCGUUCUUUGAAAAUCCGGCACCGGAAAUCCGUGAAGCUGCGAUUCUCCUAUUCGGCGAUUUGUGUAAAUCAAAACUGAUGACCUGUGAAGACGGUUCCGAUAUAUCCUCGCAAACAUCGGAAGCAUUAAAGGAACAGUUGUUCAUGAAUUUCUUUUCGUUGCUAUUACAUCUGUGUGAAAGCGACGGAAUGAUCAUUCGGGCGUGCAAAAUCACCCUUCGCAAAGUCUGUGUUUUAAUCAAUGCGCCCAAGGUCAAUUCCAUGGUUCAAAGUCACUUGCUGGAAUAUGGAACGCUGAACUAUGACAUGUUUAUAAAUGACUUUAUCAAAACGAUUGCGACUGAACUUUGUGAUAAUAUUCCCGACUUCAUCGAGUCUUGUCUACCGUUUUUGAAGAGUUCAUGGUCGGAAAUACGAGGAAACGCAGCUGUGAUUAUUGGUCUCCUUCAGAAUCUGAACAAAACAAAUCAGCAGCAAUCGGCUGAAAUUGUUGGCCAGAAAAUUGCCGUUUUAUUGAAAGACGAUCACAUUGCAGUUCGUGUGAAAGCGGCUACUGCAUUGGGAUACAUGUUUGGCAAUUUGGUUUAAGAAAUUUGAACGUUUUUUUCUGUGCUUUUUAACUAACUUCAUUUAUUGUUCAUCUGGCACACUUGGACAUGUUAUGCCGUGUCUUUGUCGAACCAAAUAUAUAUAUUGUUUAUGGAUACUGUUACGCUAUAAGAGUAUGUUAAUAGGCGGCGUCAGAUUUAAGGAACAAAGAGCCGAUUUUAUUCGAAAAUAUAUUUUAUUGAAAACUGC